AUUUUCAGGACUGGGAACAGUAGCAGGGCUGGCAGGGGCACAGGCUCUGCCCACAACUCUGCUCUAGCCAGCAAACUGGCUUAAUUUGAAGUCCCAACGGGCGACCUGCGUUUUUUUUUCUUCCGCCCGGGGUGUCGGUGUCCUCGGACCGCGGCAGAUGGUCAGCGGACAGCCGUUGGUGGCUCACUGCGGGGCUGCUAAGAGCUAAGAGGGGGGGAACCAGCGGCCGGAGCUCCGCGUUUGUUCCCCGGUGGUCUGACACCUUCCUGCCUGGUGGUUGUUUUUUUUUAACAGAAAAAAAAUGCGGUGAAGUGUCGCCCCCGGUGAGUCAGUGUGUGAAACGCUCGGUUUAAAUGUGCCUGUUUCGCCGCGACCCAAAGCAAACGCGACGAUGGAGUGAACUGGGUGAAGGCGCGAGCGACCCACAACAACCUGCCGCGAUUUCCUGCGUGUAAAUAAAUAAAUGAUAGAGGAUACGAUGACCCUGCUGUCCCUGCUAGGUCGGAUCAUGCGUUAUUUUCUGCUCAGACCGGAGACCCUGUUCCUGCUGUGCAUCAGCCUGGCUCUGUGGAGUUACUUCUUCCACACGGACGAAGUGAAGACCAUCGUUAAGUCCAGCCGGGAUGCGGUCAAGAUGGUCAAGGGGAAAGUGGCCGAGAUGAUGCAGAACGAGCGGUUCGGUGGACUGGACGUCCUGGACGCCGAGUUCUCCAAGACCUGGGAGUUGAAGAGCAACAACGUGGCCGUGUACUCCAUCCAAGGCCGGCGAGACCACAUGGAGGACCGGUUCGAGGUGCUCGCCGACAUCGUCAACAAGAGCCACCCGUCUAUUUUUGGGAUUUUCGAUGGCCACGGAGGAGAGGCUGCUGCUGACUUUGCUAAGGCCCACCUGCCAGAGGCUCUGCGCCAGCAGCUGCUGACCUAUGAACGGGAGAAAGAGCGAGACAGAGAAAAAGACAAGGAGAAAGACGAAAAAAAGGAAAGGGUCAGCCUCUCCUAUCCGUCCAUCCUGGAGCAGCAGAUACUGACGUUGGACAGAGAAAUGCUGGACAAGCUCUCUGCCACUUAUAAUGAAGCAGGUACUACAUGUCUGGUGGCUCUGCUGUCUGAUAAGGAGUUGACGGUGGCGAAUGUCGGAGACUCUCGCGGAGUUCUGUGUGAUAAAGACGGCAACGCCAUUCCUCUAUCACAUGACCACAAACCUUACCAGCUGAAAGAACGCAAGAGGAUCAAGAAGGCUGGUGGCUUCAUCAGCUUUAACGGCUCGUGGCGUGUUCAGGGCAUCUUGGCCAUGUCCCGCUCUCUGGGUGACUACCCUCUGAAAAACCUCAACGUGGUCAUUCCUGAUCCCGACAUCAUGUCCUUUGACCUGAACAAGCUGCAGCCCGAGUUCAUGAUCCUGGCAUCAGACGGCCUGUGGGACACCUUCAGCAACGAGGAGGCGGUUCGCUUCAUCAGGGAGCGACUGGACGAGCCGCACUUCGGAGCCAAGAGCAUCGUCCUGCAGUCGUUCUACCGUGGUUGCCCCGACAACAUCACCGUCAUGGUGGUCAAGUUUAAAGGCAAGGCCAACGAAAAGUAGAGCCCGCCUGUCUACCACACACAGUAUCUGUAUUAUGUGUGAAUAUAAAUAAGAAUAGGCUUAAGAUGAAAGAUUUAAAAACCGCUUUUUGAGCGAGAACUAUUUCUAUCGCAGAUAUUUACAGCAGUUUGCCCUUCGAUGCAUCAAACCUCGUCCCCCCCCUCUCCCUCUUUAAUUUUACUGCUAUAAAGUGACACUAUGAAAAUGUCUUUCAUUUAGGCUUAGCCAUAUCUUUGAGACACGGUAAUGCGAGCUGGGUCACUGUUAUGCAAAUAAACAGAUUUAGCUUUGUGCAGCUGUGGGUCUGCACACGUUCCUACGUCUGAGUGUGUAUGUGUGUGUUCGAGGGUGAGCGAGAGGUGAAGCAGUGAUAGAUGUCUGUCUGUGAUAAACUUGCACACGAGUCUCACGUUAACAAUUCAUUGUCCGGCCAAUAACGACAGAUUUAAAGGAAGCAUGGAGUUUGGUUUCCAUCUUAUUUCAAACGUGAUGUCUGUCACUCAUCGUCUAUGUGACCACUAAAUUUAGGAUUUUUAGUUUUCUAACUCGUGUGUUUCCACGUCGUCUAACUGUACUGACAAAGUGACGCGCUGAAAUUCUGUCGUUGAACGCGGUGGCAGGUUAUCCAAGUAUGAAUCAUCAACACAGAUUUAUACAUGAACACCACAAACGAUAAUAUGCCUAUGCUUCUUAUAUUACUGUUCUUAUUGUACAGCAAUAGAACCGACUACGUUGUCAUAUCACAUUUGCUGGACAUUAUGGAAAAUCUUGAUGUAAGGAUGGAUGUUUUGUCACGAGUUUCCCCAUUUUAUAAGUUGACUCGUUGAGCGUCUUCACUUACGAUUACUGAUUGUUUCUGUUCUCAUGAAGUCUCAUGUCUGUUUUAUUUUUUGAAUAACUUUACGUUUUUUUUUUUAAAGCUGAGCUUGAUCUGCUCUUUUUUUCUGUUCAGACCCAACUUAUCAGGAUCUGUGUAACUGCUAAUGAUGUAAUAACUGUUGGAUAAUAUUGUAGCUUGUCAAAGUGUAAUGAAAUGUCCCUUUAAAUAAAUAUAACUUUCCAUAUAAUGGAGUGAUAAUGGAGUAACAUGUCAUUAUGACUAACCGCUAAUUACUAGUUCUUAAAGUUUGUCACACAUUAUCUGAAAAAAUAACUGUUAAUCUAAAAGUGCAAGAAGAAGGUAAAGUUUUAGUUAUCCCAUGAAAUAAUUUGAAUACUUCUAAAUGACAGUUUUAAAUUUGCUAUUAUAAUAUUAUUUAGGAAUUUCUAUGACUAUGCUAGAUGAACAACCUUUUUCAAAGACUUAAUUCUUAAAUAUUGACCUGCUAUUCCCUUAUCUGACUUUUCUUACAUUAUCGUUUGCUACUAUCUACCUGGGAUAUGAAUAUACUGACAACUUACUGUUAUAUUUUCAUCUUUUAAUACCGUGUCGUCUUCACUAAGACGAGCGUUCUUCAUCCUAAUCUCUAAACUCAAAAUGUAACAAGCCUUUGAAUGAGAUGAGUUAUUGUUGCCUUAUUUUUUUAACUGUUCAUGUCCUGUUCUGAAGUCUGCUGCCAAAACUACUUGUCGGUUUUUUCGAUGUAAUGCAGUCGACCAUACCAUGCACAAUGCACGACCUCAGUGUCACACCUUGUUGAUUCAAAUGUAGAAUAGCAUUGUCGAGAGAAUGUCUCCAAGAGACAUGAAAUUGUAAGAUGAAUGUACAUACUGUCCUCCUGUUAGUAUCACCCCUCCACUGUUUAAUACAGCAACGCGCCUGUUCCCCAAUUGUUUAACUUGAGAGAUAUAUACCAGAUAAAACUGUUUGUGCUUUUUCAGUUCACAUUCUUCCUUGAUAAUGUACGUUACAGAAUGUUUAUGUGGCAUUUGUACUUGUUUUUGUUGACUUUAAUAAACUGUAAAAAACAAACAAAAAAAAAAAAGAAAAGAAGAAAGAA